ACAGUACACAUGUGAGUUGUCAGAAGGAAACUAGCAACAUCUAAAAAGAUGCAGAACGGCAGUGUAAACACAGAGGAGGAUAAAGAGUAUCAGCUCUUCCUCUCUCUGCACAGUCCCGCUUUAAAGGCUGCACGAAUCCCUCCGCUUUACUGGAAGAGUUUGCAUUUAAAACUUGCCAAUGAGGUUUUUGAUGCCGGUGAUGUGUUUGGCAUCAUGCAAGUGGAGGAAGAUGAAGAUGGGGAUGAGGAGAAAGAAAAGAGACUCAAUCCUGGAGAUGAGAUCGCUUAUAAAGUGAUUGUGACCAGAGAGAGUGGUCUGCAGGCUGCGGAUCCCACCAGUGUGUUUCUGGUCGAUCAUGCCUGGACAUAUAGGGUGGAAAGCGCACGUCAGCAGCUUCUGGAGAUUCCUGGCCUGCUGAUCAGAAUGGCCAGUCUAAUGUGUUUGCCUUUCCACGGAGAGGCUCCAGAUCCAGAUAUUGUGGAUCUGAUACUGGACAGCAUGUGGAAAUACAACCAAACCUAUCAGCUAUCCCAGGGAUCUGCAGAAGAAAAGGUGCCUGUUUGGUACAUCAUGGAUGAAUUUGGAUCUCGGGUUCAGCACUCUUCACAGCCGACUUGCUGUAUGGCUCCUCUGUUUUACGCUCCGCAACAGAUUGCUUAUUCUGUGCUGUGGCCACUGCAGAACCUGGAAUAUGGAGAUGAGGUGACACGUGAUUUUGCGUAUGGAGAGACAGACCCUUUAGUCAGGAGAUGCCGUCUGCUACCGUGGCUGCCUGAAGAACUGGAUGCUGUGAGCGAUGACGUGCAGGAACCGUCUGACCUUUACUAUGAAACUAUUCUACAGGAGAACAAAGAAAAGCUUCCUGUAGACAUCCAGCCUUAUUGUGUACCAGAUGGAAAAGUGCUGAAGGUUUACACUGAGAUGAAGCAGGUUUUCGAUCAUCUGAAACAUCCACGCUUCCAGUUCACUGAAAAUGAGGAAGAGGCUGACAUAAUCUGGGCUUUCUCCCAUAUCCGAGAAUAUCGGAAACUAAGUGAGGAACGGCCUCAUGUUCUGCUCAACCAGUUCCCAUGUGAGACGGUUCUUACUACUAAAGACUGCUUGGCGUCUGUGGCGCGGAGAGCUGGGGGAGGUCAGGGGCCCCCAUGGCUCCCUAGAACCUUCAAUUUACAGACUGAGCUGCCGCAGUUUAUCAGACAUUACCAGGAGAGGCAAGAGAGAGCGCUGGAUAACCACUGGAUCUGCAAGCCCUGGAAUUUGGCUCGAGGUCUGGACACACACAUCACAGACAGCCUCGACUACAUAAUCAGACAGCGAGAGAGCACACCUAAGGUGGUCAGUAAAUAUCUGGAGGACCCCGUGUUGUUUCACAGAGAGGAGGUGGGCAUGGUGAAGUUUGACAUCCGCUACAUGGUGCUGCUGCGCUCUGUUGAACCUCUGCGCCUUUAUGCAUACAACGUCUUCUGGCUUCGUUUUGCUAACAAACCCUUCUCUCUAGAUCAUUUUGAUGAUUAUCAGAAGCACUACACAGUGAUGAAUUAUGCCGAGGAUGUGCAGCUCAAGCAGAUUCACUAUGAUGAAUUCAUCCCUAUGUUUGAGAGCCAGUAUCCGCAGUAUGCAUGGAAGCAGGUUGAGGUGGAUAUCUUUAGAGCAUUUUCAGAGCUCUUCCAGGCAGCGUCCUGUCGUCCCGCUCCAUACGGGAUCUGUGCGUAUCCCUCCUCCAGAGCCAUAUACGCCAUCGACCUCAUGCUGAAAUGGGACCAGACCGCACAAGGGGAACGUGUGAUGCAGCCUCAGAUACUGGAGGUGAAUUUUAACCCAGAUUGUAAGAGGGCCUGUCGGUAUCAUCCCAGCUUUUACGACCACAUGUUCCAAACGCUGUUCCUGGAUCAGGCAGAAGAAUGUCCUGUCAGUCGCAUUUUAUGACCACUCUAAAUUCCAACUCUAAAGAUGGUCUCUGUUUACUAAAUAAAGAUUGCUAAGCACCUUUGACACUUA